GAGAGGGCGCGUGGGGAAGCGCGAGAGGGUGCGCAGGGUGAUGCGCAUAAGGAUAAGUGAGUGAUCUUGAAAUUAUUCCCCGGGUAUAAACACAACGUUCUCGAACAUAUAAAAAGCCCGGCCCACCUAAAGGCGUGCCUGGGCGCGGAAGCGGAUCAUUACCUCCUCCGAAUCCUUAUCCGCAGGGUCCUAUGGAUCGGUGAAUCGCGGGCCCAGGAAAAAAAGUGUUGAGGGGUGGCGCGGCCGGUGUCGGGAAGUGCCGAGGCGCCGCGACGGCGAGGACGGAUUAAAUUUCUUGUAUCGGCCGCGCAUGUGGACGAGUCGUGUCGCUAUUGACGAGAGAACAAAAACCAACCGGGCGGCACUUUUGUGUGAUUUUUUUUCCUCUAUGGAAGGGCGAUUUGUGGCCGGUUAACGAUUGAUAGGAUGAAAGGGCUUAAUUUUGCGCAGGGCUUUGCCAGGGCGCCCUGGACGUGUCGCGCUUGCACGAGGCAGAUAAGACAGCCGCUGCUGAGGGCGACGGGGAGGAAGGGUUAUGCGACGGCUGCGCCGACGGCGAGGAGGGGGUUGAGUACGGGGACUAUUCUGGUUACGGCGACGGUGGGGUCGGCGAUUAUUACGGCGGCGGUGUAUCCGAAUGAUGUGAAGCAUGCGUACCAGGCGUGUCAGAGGUCGGGGAGGGUGGUGGUUGCGCUGGCGAAGUGUAUUAAUGAUUAUCGCGUUACCCUCAACCACAACGAGAAGACACCUGAGGACGAGGAUGAGAAUACAAAGAGGCUGAAGGCUUGCCACCAGCGAUGCGCCAGUCGCACACUCAGGGUGCUGGAGCAGAAUGGAAGCAUAUUUAUCAAGUUGGGACAGCAUUUGUCGUCCAUGAACUACCUCUUACCCGAGGAAUACUGCAAGACGAUGCUGGUUCUCCAAGACAGGUGUCCCGUCUCAUCUUACGAAUCGAUAGAGGAGAUGUACCUCCACGAUACAGGCGGAAAACUUCUCGACUACUUCUCCGAAUUCUCGCCUGAGCCCAUCGGCGCUGCGUCUCUCGCGCAGGUGCAUCUGGCUACCAUAAGAGAGACGGGACAAAAGGUCGCAGUCAAGAUGCAACACCCGCACCUGGCUCAAUGGGCAAAUCUCGACAUGAAGCUCACCGCCUACACCUUCUCCGCGCUGAAGUACUUCUUCCCCGAAUACGACCUCGAGUGGCUCUCAAGCGAAAUGGAGGUCUCCCUCCCCCAAGAACUCGACUUCAAGCUCGAAGGCCAAAACGCCCUCCGCACAAAAGAAUACUUCUCCCACAUCCCCUCUCUACCUCUCCUCAUCCCCGACGUCCUCUGGGCCAAAGACCGCAUCCUAGUAAUGGAGAACAUGUCCGGUGCCCGCCCCGACGACCUCGCCUACCUCGACGCCCACGGCAUCGACCGUGAUGAGGUCUCAGCCGCGCUGGCGCGCAUCUUCAAUGAAAUGAUCUUCGGCACUAACGCGCCCCUACACUGCGACCCGCAUGGCGGCAAUCUUGCUGUGCGCCCGAGCACACGCCGCGGCGGACCGAACUUUGAAAUCAUCCUCUACGACCACGGUCUGUACCGCGACAUCCCACAGAAUCUACGCCGCGCGUAUGCCAAGCUGUGGCUCGCGAUCCUAGACGCCGACGAGGCGGAGAUGCGGCGCUGGUCGCACGAGGUGGCUGGCGUGACCGAUGACGAUUUUCAGCUCUUCGCGUCUGCGAUCACCGGCCGUGACUACCGCGCCGUCGGCACAGGGGUAGCGUCCGCGGUGCGCACGGCCGAGGAGAAGCGCGAGAUCGGGGAUCAGUUGGCGGAAGGGAUGCUAGCGCAGCUGGUGCAGAUGUUGGGGAAGGUUCCGCCGAUUAUCCUCUUAAUUCUAAAGACGAAUGAUUUGACGAGGAGCUUGGAUGAGGGGUUGCAGACCAGACAGGGGCCGGUGAGGACGUUUCUUAUACUGGCGAGGUAUUGUGCGAGGACGGUGUGGGAGGAGCAGGUGGAGCAGAUUAGGGAGGCGGGGAGCUUGUUGAGGCCGAGGAAUUUGGUGAGGCUUUUGGGGGCUUGGUGGGGGUAUUUGAGGGUGGAGAUGAAGUUGGAGGUGUUUGAGAGGUGGUUGGGUGUGAAGAGGGUGCUGGGCCUCUCGCUGUGAAAGAUGGUAUAUAAAACUUGAGAAGCUGGGAAGAUGAUGGGCUAAGGAUAGGGGUGUUCGGAUAACUUGUAAUAUUAGCGUGCAUUAUAGAGCAAACAUAGAAGCAACCUAGUUGCAGGGCAGCCAUCAUAUAGAAUUGGGUAAAUAUUAUAU